AUGUGUGUGUUCAGCAUUCCGCAUUUGGCUGUGUUGAGGCGUUUGGUUUCCUCAGAUGCCUCAUGUAAGAUGAGGAAGAAAAUCAUAGGUCCCUCCUCUGAGAAGAAGUUUCGCGGCGUCCGACAACGACUGUGGGAGAAAUGGGUGGCGGAGGUUCGGAAUCUGGCAAGAAGAGUGCAUCUCUGGUUGGGAACCUAUGACACUGCCGAAGAAGCUGCUAUGGUUUACUACGAUGUCAUAAUUCGUCUUCAUGGCCCUGACGCAUUAACAAACUUCACGCCGCCGCAAAGAGAUUCUCCGUCUCCAUCUCCACUGCCGGCGGUGGCGGAGACUCUGGCGGAGGUUUGUGAAAUGAAGGUGUUGGUCAUCGAAGAAGCCUUUGGCUCCGGCUGCGAUUCCAACGAGUAUCAUUGCUUUCCUAGCUCCACCUCACCGCUUCAUAUUUUCAGGUUAUUGCUAUAUUAG